AUGGCCUCUUCCCAAAUGCGCUUCGAUGGUCGCGUGGUUUUAAUAACAGGAGCCGGAGGAGGUCUGGGCAGGCAGUAUGCAUUAGCUUUUGCUGAACGAGGAGCCAGUGUUGUUGUGAAUGACUUAGGGAGCAGUCCUGAUGGGAGUGGACACAGUCUUCUUGCUGCAGAUAAAGUUGUCAAUGAAAUUCAAGCCAAAGGAGGAAAAGCAGUUGCAGAUUAUCAUUCAGUUGAAGAAGGUGAAAAACUGGUUCAGACUGCUGUCAAUGCUUUUGGAAGAAUUGAUAUCCUUGUCAACAAUGCUGGCAUUUUACGUGAUCGCUCAUUUUCUCGAAUCAGUAAAGAAGAUUGGGACAGUAUUUACCGUGUUCAUUUGCAUGGUUCAUUCCUUGUCACCAGAGCUGCUUGGCCAUACAUGAAAAAACAGAAUUAUGGAAGGAUAAUCAUGACUUCCUCUGGAGCUGGAUUGUAUGGAAAUUUUGGCCAAGCCAAUUACAGUGCAGCCAAGAUGGGUCUGCUGGGAUUAAGCAACACUUUAGCCAUUGAAGGUCAAAAGUACAACAUUACCAGUAAUACAAUUGCUCCACUUGCUGGUUCAAGACUGACCCAAAAUGUGAUGCCUCCAGAUUUGGUGGAAUCCCUGAAGCCGGAAUAUGUUGCCCCACUUGUGCUUUAUCUGUGCCAUGAAUCAUGCACUGAUACGGGUGGCAUUUUUGAAGUUGCAGCUGGAUGGAUUUCAAAAUUAAGAUGGGAACGGACCGCUGGAGCAAUCUUAAAGAAACGGAAUAAAUCUAUGACUAUUGAAGAUGUCCGGGACAAUUGGGAGAAGAUAUGCAAUUUUGAUGAGUCAACUCACCCAGACUCUCUACAAGACCAUAUUUCUUUAAUGAUGGAUAUUUUGCAACAGACAAAUUGUUCGGAUACUUCUGUUGUAAUGAAGGAGGCUGAAAGCAGCCCACAAAAUGGAAUAAAUGUAGAAUUGGCCAAAUCUUUUUCUGCUCAGUCAUCUGUUCUGACCUAUGACCAUUCACACGUCAUUCUUUAUGCCCUUGCAGUUGGUAUUUCUACCAAAGAACCAGAUCAUCUGAAAUUUCUGUUUGAAGGGAAUGAAGACUUUUGUGCCUUACCAACUUUCUGUAUAAUCCCAGCUCAGAAGGCUGUUUUUGAAGUCCUCGGUGAUAGCAUCCCUGGCUUGGAAGUAGAUCUUGUUAAGGUUCUUCAUGGGGAACAGUAUAUGGAAAUCUUCCAGCCAAUCCCAACAAGUGGUGAACUCACCUCAGUUGCAAAAAUUGCUGAUAUUUUAGACAAAGGAUUUGGUGCUGCUGUUUUGAUUAAUGUGGAGACAUUCAACAAGAAAAAGGAGAAAAUUGCUUUCAACCAGUUCAACAUUUUGUUAAUGGGUUCUGGUAACUUUGGAGGCUUGAGAUCAUCUCCUGCUGAGAAGCCAAUCAUCAGAAUUCCUAAUCGAGAACCAGAUAUGUCAAUCCAACAGACAACCUCUGUGGAUCAGGCAGCCAUGUAUAGAUUAUGUGGUGACUACAACCCAUUACAUAUUGAUCCAAAUUUUGCAGCACUUGGGGGUCACCCUAAGCCAAUCUUGCAUGGGCUGUGUUCUCUUGGCUUUGCUGUCCGACAUGUCAUGAAAAAUUAUGCUGACAACGACCCUACAUUGGUAAACAGUAUUAAGGUGAGAUUUAGUAAACCAUUUUCACCUGGCCACACCCUGAAGACAGAAAUGUGGAAAGGAAAUGAAGGAAUUCAUUUUCAGUGUCAAGUUGUGGAAACUGGUAAGACUUGCUUGAGUGGAGGAUUUGUUAGACUUGCUUCAUCAGCUUCUCCAUUGCGUUCAUCCAUAACCAAACAGGCUACUUCUAAAAAUCUGCUAAGUGAUCAAGUGUUUGAACAGUUAGCUCGUAAGCUACAAGGACAAUUGGACGUGAAACAAAAAAUAAAUGCUGUCUUCCUUUGGAAUAUAACACAAAAUGGAGAGCAAGUGUCACAAUGGACUUUGGACUUGACCCCAGAAGGUGGAGGCAUCUAUCCUGGUCAGCCACAUGUGAAACCUGCUCAGUGCAUCUUAUCAAUGGAAGAUAAAGAUAUCAUUGACCUGAAAACAGGGAAACUUAAUCCAGAAAUGGCUUUUAUUUCUGGACAGUUAAAAAUAACUGGCAAAUCUAUGAAUGAUAAUACUGCUAGCAAUUCUUCUUCUUUCUCUCCUUUUGAACUCUCUCUGUUUCAAAUGCUUUUUCUCUUUUUGUUUUCUCUCUCAUCUAACAAUCAUAAAAAAAUCUCAAAUAAUCCUAAGAAAAAGGAAUCAAGAGAAUUUUUGUUCAAACUGAGAUAA